AUGCUCCGUAAAGCGCGCCGGGACGUUGAGGGAGAGCGGAAUCCAAGACGCCGCCAGCGCGUCGUGGGGAUCCUUACGCGCGUGUCGGGGGUGGAAUGCCGCCAAAUCAAGCGGAAAUCCGCCGUAGUCAACGCCGCCGGAGGUCCCAAUGAGAACCCGCACCUGAAGUGGGGAGUCCCGCCCGGCGUCCGGCGAGGCGUCGAGGCCGAGGGGGCGACGGCGAGAAGUUUCCGCCGGUGUUGUGGGCUUCGUCCAGCGCAAAAAUGCAGCCAAACACGACGGCAAGGCGGUCAGUGCGGGGACCUCGACGUAGUGCAGGAGCCGCACGGCAUGGUUCGCCACGUGAAGUACCCUCAACACAAAGGCACUGGCGACGAUUAA